CUCGUCUUGUUGCUUACCAUUGAAGCUUUCAAAUUUCUCCGUUUGAUUUCUCUCUACACAAAACCUAUUCGCCGGAUUAUUCUUAUUCCUGUUUCUCCGAGCUUUCACGCUCCAUAGUUUUGUUUCAGGAAGAACGCAUAUAUAGUUGUUGGUGGUGUAAUUCACAAAUUUUCCGGCGAUUUUUGGGUGAUGUGUUCAACACUCUAGGCAAGGGAAAUAUCUGUGUUCUUAGGGAGAUUUAAAAUUUUGAUUACUGAUUUAAUGGUUGAGGAAGAUAGAUGGUGUUUCUUCAAUGGAUCUGUGAAGACGAGAUUGUUGUUGGAGAUUGAUACUCGUCUUAUUCGUCUUCAUGGUUUCGCUUGAUUAGAGUUUCUUCUUUACCAAGUUUUAGUGUUUUGAGCUUUCUAGUAACUUUUGGUUUUGCGGGCUUUAAACAUGGAUGGAGAGGUUACUUCUUGGAUUAGGAGGGCAAAUUUCUCUCAUACUGUUUGUUAUCGUAUGAUUACACCGAGCUUAGAAUCAAACUCAGAUAGGACUUCUGGAUUGAAAAGAAUGACUUUGAGUUCACCAUCUGAUCUGAAAUCACUUGUAGGAAUUUCUCAGAGUACGCAGCAGCCGGUGGGUUUGAGUUGUUGUAGUGUUGUUGGUACUGAGAUACAGAGAAAUCCAGUCAGUAAUAAGGAGAGGUCUGUCUCUCCGUCGCCUCAUAUGGCUCUUUCUGAUGCUUUUAAGGAAGCAAAAUCUGAUAUUAAGAGGUUUUCUACUCCACAUCCUAGAAGAAUGGAACCAGACAAGGGAAUGAAGGCAAAGUUGUCCCGCAAAGGUUCUCCUGAGAAAAAAUCGUUUAGUCUACGGUCCCUAUCACACUCGGGUCCUAUUAGGGAUCAUAGUACGCUGAAAACUCAAGAGAGGGCAAAGAGCAAGAUAGAUAAGAGGUCUUCAAAGUCUGUUGACUAUAGAGGUUCUAAAGUAUGUUCUGCAGGAGUGCUUGAAGAAUACCUCAUUGAUGUGUCUAAGUUGUCUUAUGGGGAUAGGUUUGCGCACGGGAAAUAUAGCCAGAUUUAUCAUGGAGAAUACGAAGGCAAAGCUGUUGCUCUGAAGAUUAUUACAGCGCCUGAGGAUAGUGACGACAGAUUCUUGGAAGCUUGUUUAGAAAAAGAGUUUACCAAGGAAGCCACUAUUUUAUCUCGAUUAAGCCAUCCAAAUGUCGUUAAGUUUGUUGGAGUGAAUACUGGAAACUGUAUCAUCACGGAGUACGUACCUCGAGGGUCUUUAAGAUCAUAUCUCCACAAGCUCGAGCAGAAAUCCCUUCCUUUGCAACAGCUAAUCGAGUUUGGGCUGGAUAUUGCCAGAGGAAUGGAAUAUAUUCACUCAAGAGAGAUAGUUCAUCGGGAUCUUAAGCCAGAAAAUGUGUUGAUCGACAAAGACUUUCACUUGAAGAUUGCUGACUUUGGCAUAGCUUGCGAGGAGGAGUACUGUGAUGUUUUGGGGGAUAACACAGGAACCUAUAGGUGGAUGGCACCUGAAGUUUUAAAACGGAUACCACAUGGACGGAAGUGCGAUGUUUAUAGUUUUGGACUUCUUUUAUGGGAAAUGGUAGCUGGAGCAGUUCCAUAUGAGGAGAUGAAAUUGGCUGCCCAAGUUGCCUACGCAGUCAUAAACAAGAACAUUAGGCCGGUUAUACCGAAGGAUUGUCCAGCGGCCAUGAAAGAGCUGAUGGAGCUAUGUUGGGCAUCGCAAACAGACAAGAGACCAGAAUUCUGGCAGAUUGUCAAAGUGUUGGAACAUUUUAAGAAGUCUUUGACAAGCGAAGGAAGACUGAAUCUUUUACCUAGCCAGAUCUGUCCAGAACUAAAGAAAGGUCAUAAAUUAUGGAUUCAGAAAAUCGGCUCAUUCCACCACCACCACAGCGGUGGCGGCAGCAGCAGCAACACCUUAGGCUCAGCCUUACCUAAGCCUAAAUUCGCUUGAGACGUCUAGAGUCUCAUUUUUGUGAAUAGAAAAAAAAAAAAGAGUCAGUGGUUAUGUUUUUGUUAUAAUCAACUGUCUCUAUUUGC